CCCCAUAUGGGAGCUUCUUCAUUUAGAAUUUUUUCUCAAUGAGAACCUUCAAUUUUUAAUCCCCAAUCUUCCUCAAGUUCUAAGAACUCUUUCCGGGGUUUUCCCUUGUGGUGGAAAAUGGCAGUUAGAGGGAGGAAAUAUCAGUGAAAAUUCCCGCCUUUCGUUCAUGUGUAUCCAUGGUGGUAAUGGGAAGGUAUUAUUGUGGUAAAGAAAACACUUUCUUUUCUGCCGCGAUUUUGCAGACAAAUCCAAGUGCAUGCAAUUGAGACAUUAGCUCAAGGGUAAUUAAAGUCUGAUCAGAUCAAGAAAAAGCCAUAGAAAGUAACCAUAGAGACAGAGAAGAAGGCGAAAGAAAUUGAAAGAAAAAAAGCCCGGUGUUGAGAUGUGAAUUGGAGAAUCAAAAGAAAAGAUAGAAGAAAAAAAUCACACCUCUGUGAAGGUGGAAGGGAGAGAAGUUGUGGUCGAUCAAUCGGAAGGGGCGAGUUGCAACAACGUGAUUCUUGCAUGGCUUCAUCAAUCUCUUUGCCAAAGUGCACUUGAAGACUGUAACCAUGAGCUGCCCAUAGAAAGUGUCUCCAAUAUGUGAUAAGUUCCCUUUAAAGUGCUGUGAAAUCUCAAUUGUACUUUUCUAAAAUAAACCUCCCGAAAGAUUAGUGUUAGUAGAAUUGCGGAAGUUGCCAUUUAACAUUUAAGCUGUGGACACAAUAACCAAUUAGUGCGGAAAUGGCAUGGAAUUUCCGGCAAGAACAGCCUCGGACGGGCGCUGAAACUGCCCUCGAUGCCUGUGAUUACUUUGUCGACGAAGUCUUGGACUUCUGGAGAGCACCAGAUGCUUUUGAGGAGAUUAGAAACCUCAAGUACAGAGAACUGCGAGAAGCAGUUGUGUCAAAUGAUGAGCAGGAAGUACGAAUAAUCCUCGAAGCUCUCGGAAAUGAGCGCGAAGUGAUUGUCAAUAUGGCUCCAGGUGGAGCAAAUACACUGAUUUUCUGUGCUGCUCAGGCAGGAAAUGAUGUUAUUCUGAAGAUGCUUCUGGAGGCAGGAGCCGAUGGGAGAGCUCAUGCUGUAACCAGAUACUCACCACUCUAUACAGCUGUUCACAAUGGUCAUGUAGAGAUUACAAAGAUGCUAUUGGCAAAAUUUCCCGAAUUGGUUCAGCAAUUGACUGUGGAGAAAUGGUUGCCACUUCAUGCAGCCUGCAUCAAUGGGCAUAUUGAUGUGGUGGAACUCCUGCUCAAUUAUACCUAUCCCGACCAUCUCUAUGCCACAUAUCGCGAUCCAACGGGUGAGACGGAAUGGAGAUUGGCCUUCGAUCCGAACACGCAAGACGUCACUGGGCAGACGGCUCUCUAUGUUGCAUGCCUGCUUGGCAAUAAGCCUCUGGUUGACUUGUUGGUGAACUGGAGGGUUAAGUGUGUCAAGAUGCGUGAUGGGGAAGAUGAUCAGGUGCGCCCAGAGAGAUCCAGAAUCACCUCAUCCAGUCCCACUAAGAGACGCAUCUCCUACGGCAUUCAGUCCAUUAUGUCGAGGCUGAGUCUGGGCAAGGAUGCCACGGAGGAGGCUGAGAGUGAGAUGGACAAUUGGAUUAAUCCACUGCAGCUGGAUUUGCUCUGUGGAGCUGCCAGAGAAACGGCUCUCCUGGCAGCUGUUCGUGGAGGCUACUUGGACGUAGCGGCGCUUCUACUGCAGAAAAAAGCUGAUCCCAAUGUCAUGGCCAAACCCAUUGAGGACCCCAAUGAUCCCAAACUUUCUGAUGAAGUCUACGGGUUCUCAAAUAUUCCCCUGGCCGAGGCCGUUCGUCAGAAAUCCAUCCAGAUGGUGGAGCUUCUGUUGAAGUACGGUGCUAAAGAUGAGCAAACAACAGCCCUUAGUAUCGCCUGUAGUCAAGGUAAUGAACAAAUUCUCUGCAAACUCCUCUCAAUUCGCGCCCAUCCGGAUCCCGAAUACAAGAUCAACAAGAAAGCCCUGACGAGUGAAAUUGAGUUGGCGGGGAAUAAAUUGUCUCCGGACGGUGGUCUGACGUAUAGUUCCCUAUUUCCAAACACAUCCAUCAUGAUAAAUUGGAAUAACUGUGAUUUGACGAGUAUCAAGAUAAAUUUCCUCAGUGAAGCUGUUCUGUUGCACAAUAUAAAGCUCAAGGAGCACCCAAAAUGUGGGAUACUGGCCCUUGGGGCUCUCACGAGGAUUGAUAUCUCACACAAUGGACUGACGAGCCUGCCUCCGGAAAUUUUUACACUCUGUAGUUUGAGGUAUUUGAAUGCUGCCCAGAAUAAAAUUCAAUUCUUGCCUCUGCCCGAAGACAUUCCAAAUUCCCCAGCGAGGGUCGUGGCUGGGAGUAGAAGGAGUUCGAGGCAGUUUCCGAAGGAGUAUGAGUGUUUUGUGUUGGAGGAGUUGUAUUUGCAGGACAAUCGUCUGGAGAUUUUGCCUCCAGCUCUGUUUCGGAUGCAAUCUCUGAUUACGCUGGAUGUUUCCAAUAAUAAAUUGCAAGAGUUGCCGUUUGAGAUGUGGAGGGCUCCGAAACUGAAGGAACUCAAUGUUGCAUUUAAUUUGCUGAAGGAUCUUCCAGUGUUGCCUAAUCAGGAGGGACAGAUGGCGCAAUCGGAACCUCCGAGUCCUGUUACUGAGGCAUUUCUCUUCAAUCAGAUGGAGGAUUCGGAAGCGCAGAGUAGGAAUAGGACGAUAACUCAGGUGGAUCUCGUGAGGCAUCAUAUCUGGUCGAGAUCACUGGAAGUGACAGAUCAGGAGGUCAGACUGACGGAUAUUCGGAAUGAUGAGAAUAUUUCUCAGCUAACUAGUUUGAAUUUAUCAAAUAAUCUCUUCACUAGUAUCCCUCUGGCACUUCCGUGCCUGGCUAUCAAUCUCACAAGGCUGUCCAUGUCGUACAAUAGCCUGAGAUCAAUGGGACAUGUCACGAGUUACCCAGCGAGCCUGAAGCAACUGGAUUUAGGGCACAAUGAGAUUACCUGUUGGCCAAGUUUGCCCCGGAUUGCUGCCCUUGAUCCCCAUCUGGCUUGCUACAAUCCCCAAGAAGUCAAACAAUCCCGGCAGCCCCUGAAGAACCUCACGAGUCAGAGUACUGAGGUGUCUGUGAUCAAAACCAAUUCCAGCAGUAACAUAACUUCGCUCCGAACGGCCGUACUGAAGAGUGUCUGCAGCCAUCGAAGGCAUUUGCGUCUGGAAGGUUUGAGGACGCUAAUUCUGGCAGAUAAUCUCCUAACUCGUAUCCAACUAUCCACUGAUGAUGUGGCUACCCUGUCGGAAUCCGAAGAGUCAGAAUGGAGUCUCGUAGGAGUCACAAAAUCCCGAUUGAUCUUCCCAAAUCUCUCAAUGUUGGACAUAAGCAAUAAUUGCUUGAAGGAAAUCCCUCCGACAAUCCAUGAGCUCAGCAAUUUGAGUGUCCUCAAUAUCAGCGGGAAUGUCGAUGUCACAGAAUUGCCACCGCACAUGGGUUUGCUCUCAAGACUGUGGAAUCUUAAUACCAGAGGAUGUUCCCUGCAGGAUCCCCUGAAAUCCAUGAUUGACAGCAAAAAAUACAAGACAAUGGACAUUAUUGGCUACUUAAAGUCCGUUUACGAGGAUGCCAGACACUAUGCCCGGAUGAAGUUAAUGGUAGUUGGAGUUCAAGGGAUUGGAAAGACAAGUCUACUGGAGCAAUUGCGUCAGGAAGGGCCGAAUCGCAAUAAAAAGCCCGUUGAUCACUGGGCCAAGAGGAUGGGCCACAAGAAUAUCAAUUCCAAGACCAGUCGAGGGAUCAAUAUGUCCACUGUGGGGGUAGAUAUUGGGGAUUGGGUGUGUGAGAAAAAGGUCAGAGGACAUUCUCAGCACGGUCCGGUGAUUUUCCGGACAUGGGACUUUGGUGGACAGAAGGAAUACUACGCUACUCAUCAGUAUUUUCUGUCCAAGAGGAGCCUGUAUUUGGUGCUCUGGAGGAUCACCGAUGGACGCCGGGGCUUGGCUGAGGUGCUCCAGUGGCUGGGAAACAUUCAGGCUAGAGCCCCAAAUUCUCCUGUCAUCAUCGUGGGUACUCACUAUGAUGCCGUAGGAGAUACUUUCCCAGCCAAAAAAGCUGAAGAACUGCAGUUGAUCAUCAGGGAUAGGUUUAUCGCUGUGGCUGAUGCUGAAAAAAUGGGUUUACCUCGAGUUUUGGACUCCAUUGAGGUGAGCUGUCGCACUGGACACAAUAUCAAGCUCCUGUCCAAUCUCGUAUACGACACAGCAUUCUCCCUGAGAUCUCCUGGCUCCAAGGAGCUCCUGCUUCAUCAGAAAGUCCCCGCGAGCUAUUUGGCUCUUGAAGAUGUUGUAGGUAAUAUUGCGUGUGCCCUGAAGCAGGUUGGGGCAGAUCCAGUUCUCGAUGCUGAACGGUAUCGAACGAUGGUGACGCAGGAGAUGCAAGCGAGGAGUUACAAGAGAUUCCGAGAUUGGUCGGAACUCAAUCAGGCUACGAUGUUUUUGCAUGAAAAUGGUUGCCUUUUGCACUAUGAUGAUGCUACGCUCAGGGAUUUGUAUUUCUUGGAUCCUCAGUGGUUAUGCGAUAUGUUGGCUCAUGUUGUGACAGUCCGGGAGAUUAAUCCGUUCGCUCGAUCGGGAAUUAUGCGAAUGGAUGAUUUGCAGUUGUUGUUUAAGAAUUCCUGCUUGGGCAGUGGCGACAAUCGUGGAUAUAUUGUGAGUUUACUCAAUAAAUUUGAAGUUGCUCUCACAUGGGAUUCCCGGACACUCCUGAUCCCUUCGUUGUUGCCGGAGAAUGAGGACAAUAGGGGAGGGCAGGUGGUUACGGUGAAGAUUGCAGCUAGGAGUCGUGGAUGGGCUAUGAGAGCACGAAGAAGUGUCCCUAUUCCUUCUGCUUCUGCCUAUGAUCUAACUUCUCCGGAAUCCCAAGCCUCGACUCCUCAAACUAGCCAUCCGGAGUAUGAUAUCUGCACCCUGCCGCGUCCGGAUAAGGUUAUCUCUCGCCUCCUCUUGAUGAGCUACUUCCCAUCGGGUUUUUGGUCAAGGCUGAUCACGCGAGUCCUGGCUGAUGAUCAGGUAGUGGAUGCCCUGAGGAAUAUCUAUCCGUUGCGCAAGGAGGACUUUGAGGAGCCAGAAGUCAGUCAAUUGCUGAACAUUGCUUCGCAUUGGACAGUCUGGCAGUCAGGGCUAGCACUUUACUACGGCACGACGCUGGUUUUUAAGAUGCGCGAAAUCCCUCCGUCCUGCCCCUUUUCGCCCUACCGCAAUCCCAAUAAUCGCUUCAAACUGAAGCAGGAUGGCGUUUGGUGCGAUAUUGACAUGAAUACCACCAGCAUCCUCGAAAUCACCUUCCCCAUGCACGCCAUUGGGCUCCGGAGGAUCGAUGAGGCUGGCUGUGGGACGACUGUCAAGGAGAUGGAAGCAAAUAUUCAGUGUGUGUCUCAGUUGGUGUCCCUGAGUGUUGAUCACAUUGAUAUCCUCCUGGAAGAUUGGUAUCCAACCCUCGGAACGCGUUUUGUUCACACUUCCGAGGGCAGAUUCCUCGUGACCCGAUUGGUUCCCUGUCCAAAGUGUCUCAAGAGGAGCGAUGAAAGGAAUUCCCAUUCUUUCUCUGGCGGUGGCUCCAAUCCCCAGGUCAAGGGAGCCAAGUAUCCGGAGAAAGGCGUUACGAAGCGAUUGAGUGUGGAACGGAGGGACUUUGGGGAGCCAACAGGGCUCAAUGAACUUCCAGCCAUUCUACAGGGCUUCGACAGUGUGAUCCAUGCGAGAAAGUCACAGGAUUCUCUGGGUUGGUCAGAUGGGGAUUCAGGCGUGGGGCCGGAUUCAGCAGGAUCUUCGAGGGCUGCUUCAGUGGAAGGGCAUCCACUGCUCGUGGCUGAGGCUUCUGGGCCCCCCAACUACUGUUGGAUGGUUGAGGAGUGCAUCCUGGCUGCCUAUGACAAGAAGAGCGUCUCCUGCCCAGUUCAUGCCGAAGUGGAAUUGAGACUUAUCACGCCGGAUAUUAUCUUUCUGGACUUGUCCGAUUGCUACUUGAUCCGGCCGGAAGACAUCACGAAAGGUCCCCUUUUGGGUCGUGGUGCCUUCGGGUUCGUCUUCAAGGCCACGUGCAAGUCACGAGUGUCACGAAGCCUUAUCCCAGUGGCUAUGAAAAUGCUCCAGCCCGUGCCACCGGGAUCACGGGCCAAAGAGAGCGCUGUGAUUGCCUAUAAGGCUGCCCUGGGAAAGUGGGAGAGAGAUCCGCUUCAGCAUUCGUGCAAAGCUUACUGCACAGCACGACAGGAACUUGCGGUCCUUCUGACGCUCAAGCAUCCGAAUAUUGUGCCUCUGGUGGGAGUCUGUACGCAGCCACUGGCUCUGGUGCUGGAUCUGGCCCCGAAAGGUGCUCUGGACACUGUACUGAGGCAGUAUAGGAGGAGUGGAGCACGGAUUGGUCCGUAUUGCUUUCAGUCGUUGGUCCUGCAGGCUGCCAGAGCCAUGGAAUAUCUCCAUAGGCGUCAUGUCAUCUACAGGGAUCUCAAGGCUGAGAAUGUCCUAGUGUGGGACUUCCCAGAACCUCAUGCCGUUGAUCAUCCGGCCAAUUGUGUGCAUAUCAAAGUGGCUGACUACGGGAUAAGUCGCGUGACACUUCCGUCAGGAGCUAAAGGAUUCGGAGGCACUGAAGGUUUCAUGGCGCCGGAGAUUAUGAGGCACAAUGGCGAGGAAGAGUACACGGAGAAGGUGGAUUGCUUCUCAUUCGGAAUGUUCCUGUACGAACUUCUCUCGCUGAGGCAACCUUUCGAGGGCCACGAGGCUGUCAAGGAAUGUAUCCUCGAGGGUGGACGACCAGUGCUCACGCAGAGAGAGACCCAGUUUCCCAGCUACUGCCUGGACUUAAUGGUACUGUGUUGGGAUCAGCAACCCAAAAAUCGACCAUCUGCCAGUCAGAUUGUUUCAAUUGCAAGUGCUCCGGAGUUUACUCAUCUCCUCGACGUGGUAUCCCUGUCGCAUUCUGGAGGAGUUCUGGCAGGAGUUGGGUAUCCCGUUGUGGCCAAUCCGGAAGAUGUUUGCUUUCCAGAUGAUACUCUGUCAUAUGAAUUGUGGCUUCCGUGCUCAAAUUCGCGCAUCGAUUUGCUCCUGGGAUCUCCGAAGGGCUGGCAACAGUACCAUCGGAUUCUUUGUCCAAAGAUCUCGACAGGACGCGGAAGUUCCGCCAUGAAGCUCACAACGGUCUGCGUUGUGGAUACUUCUGUGUGGAUUGGAGAUAUUGAUGGGAAUAUCUAUGCUUUCAAUGCCUCAGAUUGUACGCAUCUCUUCUCGUACGCUCUGGAACCAUCUCAGCCAAGUCCAGUUGUUGCUCUUGUUCAUCUCAGUCGCAUCAAUCGUGUAGCUGCUGGUCUUGAGAAUGGGAGGCUAUUCCUCCUGGACUCAUCAAAUAUCCCCACAAGCUUUGUUUCGGCCGAGGGCAGUUUUGUCCUGACUGAAUUGGGUUCCGGGGAGCGUCUGCACAGUGUCUGUGCUCUCUGGCGCAUGGAUGAUGAUGUCUGUGAGUUGUGGUGCGGAGAAACAGAUGGAGCCAUGAAUGUAUUUGGUCUCAAAGAUUCUGUUGUCUCUGACCACACUCUUCUGAACCACUUUGACGUGAAUCUGGGUGGUCGGGAGUCAAAUGUUGUCCUCCUCUAUGCGUCAGAAGAGUACGUGUUCUCGUGCGUGGCUCCUGGUUGCAUUCUGUAUCAAUGGAAUGUAACCAGGAAGGAGAUUGAGAAUCGUUUGGAUUGCUCUAAGCUCAUUCCCUGUUCGGAGAGCCUCAGGAGUAUUGCCAUUGAGGAGCAUCUGAGUCCAGGGAAGUGCCAGAUAACAGCUCUUGCCGUUCUCAACAAUGAUCUGUACAUUGGGACAACAUGGGGAUGCCUGAUUAUCGUUGAGAAGGACUCCAUGCGUCCCAUUACAGUUUUUCGUCCAUUUGACGAUGAGGUUCGAUGCAUUUUGCCUUUGUACACGCCCGGACACAAUUUAGCACCUCUGAUUGUGACCAUUGGCCGUGGGUAUCGCUCCCUGAUCAAUCGAUACACAGAUUCUGCGCCCAAAUCCAUCACAACGCCUUCGGGGAAUGAGAGGAAGCACCUAUUCGGCAGUCCUGAUCACAUUCCCGGAAACAGUGGGCAGAAGGACAGGAGCAACAAUAUGCAUGCACUGAUCUGGCGAGCAGAUCACUGGACACCAGUCUAAUCCGACCGGCUAGAGAGAGAGAGAGAGCAUUUUAAUCUUUGCGCAAUUCUUCAUUUAACCGUCCUCUUUGUGUGCGUGCAUGUUCUUCAAGGAUUUUUGAAUUUUAGUGCUUGAUCUGUGAUUUCCAGAGGAUUACCAAAUUAACCAACAAUUAUUCCUUAACAUUUUAUUUAUUUGAUGAUAAUUAUUAAAAAAGAAGAAAGUACAUAAAA